AUGCCAAGCAGAAAGGCCAUCAUCCUAGGAGCCGGCCCAGCCGGCCUGGCAGCAGCUCUGCGCCUCCAGCAGCAGACAGACAUCGAAUGCACAAUCUAUGAGCUCCGCUCCACCCCCACAACCCUUGGAGGAGCAGUUGGCAUCCCGUCUAACGGCCAGCGACUCCUCCACCGCCUCGGCGUCUGGGACCAAGCCCACAGCCGCGGCUUCAGUGGCUCCAACCUCACCAUGCACUCCCUUUCUGGCUCUAUCGUCGCCAGCUCGGACUUCGUCGGCUGGGCCCGCGAGAGGACGGGCUUUGGGUACAUGCGGAUCAAGCGCACAGACAUCGUGGACGUGCUACUCGACGCAGUGCAGAAGGCUGGCAUCCCGGUCCAGUUUGGUAAGAAACUGAGCGCCCUAAGCGAGAGUGAGAGCGGGGUGAGCGCGACCUUUGACGACGGCGAGGUCGUGCAGGCUGAUCUACUGCUCGGGUGCGAUGGGAUCCACUCAUUUGUACGCAGUAAGUAUGUUGAUCCCGGCUAUGCGCCGGUGUACUCGGGGAUCAGCACGCUCGGGUCUGUUAUUCCAGCGUCAGUGCUCAGUGCAGAGACACUGGCGCAGCUGAAUGGGCUUGAGUCAACGAUGACGGAGAAGGGGAUGUUGGCGGUGAAUCCGUGCACGGCGGGCAAGGAGGAGGUGUUUAUGUUCUUCUCGAAGUUCCUACAGCUCCCCGAGGCGGGGGAUAGUCGGGAUGGGUGGACUGCACAUGGGAAAGAGGAGGUCGAGAGCUACAGGAGCGAUUUGAGGAAGAUGGUUGAGCAUGCCAAGGGGACUUGGGGUGAUGCGCUCCGUGAAUUGGCUCAUGGUGUCUCGGAUGUGCACUUCUAUCCCAUCUACAGACUGCCGCUGGGUGGGAAGUGGUCGCGGGGCCGCGUCGUGCUAGUUGGGGAUGCGGCGCAUGCUAUGUCUCCUCAUGCGGGACAGGGGGUGUCCAUGGCCCUGGAGGAUGUGUUCUUGCUUGCGCGUCUGCUCAAGGAUCCGGCGAGACCCCUUGAUGAAGCCUUUGAGAAGUAUGAUGCGAUUCGUCGGCCGCGUGUGGAUGAGAUCUUUACAAUGGCGGCAAACAAUGCGAGGAAUAGAAAGGCGACGGGAACUUGGGGUCUAUGGUUCAAGGAGCUGGCUAUCUCUAUGUUCAUGAAUGUCUCUUGGGCACUCGGGCUUGACAGAUCUGGGAAGGGCCAGCAUCAUCUGGUUUAUGAUAUUGAUGAGGCGGAGAUUUGA